AUGGUCCCCAUAUGGUUGGCAUGUGGACUAGAGGCCUACUUUGGUGCUAAUGAUACUGUUUCAGUUCAUAGACCAAGUUUUUAUGCAGACAGAUUUCUAAAGUUUAUGAAUUCCAGAGUUUUCAAGAAAAUUCAAGCUUUGAAGGCCUCACCUUCAAAGAAAAGAUGCAAUUCCAUUGCCGCCUUAAAGGCGACCUCACAGGAGAUCGUGUCCUCAAUCAGCCAAGAAUGGAAGGAUGAGAAACAUGACUUACUGACAGAAGGACAGAGUUUUAGCAGCCUCGAUGAAGAAGCCCUGGGAUCCCGACACAGGCCUGACCUGGUGCCUAGUACUCCAUCGCUCUUUGAAGCUGCUUCUUUAGCAACCACAAUUUCUUCUUCUUCCUUGUAUGUUGGUGAACACUGUCCCCACGACAGGACUACGCUGUAUUCAAACAGUAAAGGGUUACCUUCCAGUUCAACUUUUACCGUGGAAGAAGGGACCAUCUACUUAACGGCUGAGCACACCCUGGAAAUGCAGGAUGAUAAUACCUCUGUGCUGGACGUCUAUUUAUAAGUGAAAAUGGUGACCACCUAAGCCACAUGACGAGGGCUGAGCAUCAUUGUGGCAGAGGCAUUUCUCCAGUCCAGAAUCCUAGAAAGGAACUUGGCUGAGCCCCAGUCCUCCAAAGCAAAAGUCUCCUGGACUUAGAAGUUUGCGAGAUGUUGGGAGCCUUGGUCCAUGGGCCGGUCAGCAGGUGGAUUGUGAGGAUACCACACUAUUCUGUCAUUUGCUGUUGCUUGCUGACUGCGCAGAACUGCAUGAACUCUGUCGAAACUGCUUUC